UGCGGGUGUUGAAUCAUUUAAAGCUCUCAAUGUGAAGGUGAGUCGGGAUGUAUGUUCAGUGGUGACACAAGAAAUCGUCCCGUUUGUUGUCGGAAUAACAGGAUAGACCCUUCGUUACUACCACCUUGACUGAAGACAUGGUACAGUGGCUCAAUGGACGGAAGCAGCCUGCGCUAAAAUGUAAUAACUAAAGCCUCCGGCAGCUGAUAAGAUCUGGUCGUUGAGGGGGACUUUGAGACAACAUGGAGGAAUGUAGCGAAGCCAGUCUAUAUUCCAACGAAGAUGAAGUGAAUUGUCCCGGACCUUUGUUUAGAGUGAAGAUGUUCGUAAUGGGCGAUGUUGGCUGCGGUAAGACAAGUCUGGUUCAGUCCCUCAUCGGCCCCACCCCCAAACUGAACGACAACCCCACGGACGGCGUCAAGGUGGAGCUAUGGUACCCCUUCAAGACAUCCAAACAUAAUGAAAGCUUGUUAGACAGGAAGCUGAGCGGGGAAGAGCAUCACCUCAUUAUAGAGAUCUGGGAUAUGACAGGGAGACAGGUGUGUCAACACGCCCACCAGAUGUACCUGACCCGGGAGUCUAUCUUCCUCCUCCUCUACAACAGGGUGGACCACACCAGCUGCGACAGUGUCCUCCCCAUCUACACCAGCAUCCAGGAGGCCGCUCCAGGAAGCACCGUGAUCAUUGCGAGUACAAAGGCGGACAAAUCUCCGCCCGACGGGAACCGUGCCACUCUGCCGUCAGGGGAACAGAUUCUCGACUCCCUGAGGACGAGCCUGGACAACUGGAGGUUCUAUGUCCUGAAGGAGAUAGACGAACUCAAGCUGUUGUCACGAGAAGCGCACGCCAAAGAACCGGAGUCGGCCAACAAGAGCAAGAAGAACGACACACGUCACAGGCACAGCGACACCUACCCUGUAGUCAAGUCUCAGAUGGAGGUGUGUGAAGCCAUCCUCAUGAAGGUCAAGGACGUGCCAACCAAAGUGUACGAUGUCAGCUCGUUAGACGGCCAGGGUAUCGAUGAACUGAAAACGGUCAUCUUCCAAACAGCCCUGGACCCCGUGAAGUUCCCGCACCUGGACCGGACCAUCAAACCCAGCACCAUCUCCUUGUACGACGAGAUUCUGAAGCUGCGAGAACGAGAUCUCGUUCUGCUGACAUGGGGUCAAUUUCGAGAUAUAGCGAAUCAGCUGAGUCCUGAUGGCGAUGACACGCUCGAGGAGGAUACUGCUUUCCUUCAAACAAUUGGAGGCCUGCUCGAUUUCAAAAUGACACCAUCCCUUUCCAACACUCCCGACAAGCCCACUUCCAACAUCCCGACCGCGGGGACGGGCCGGUUUAUCUGUGUCCACCCCGGCGUCCUCGCCAACGCCGUGUGCUGCUGCCUCGUCGACGACGACAAGAAAGCCUUCAGGUUCGAGUCGUGCAGGUUCUGGCCCAAAGAUUCUGGCUUCAAACGUCCAGAUCCUCAGGUGCUGUGCAAGGUGCUGGAGUCGAUACCUCAUGAAGGUCUAAUUAGGGAGUCUCUUCUUCCAUUGUUGUGGCAGGAGAGCAACCUGUACGAGGACCAGAUCAUGCACCUGGUGCGUGUGUUCACCUACCUGGGUCUGUUCAUCUGCUACUGUAACAGCAAGACUAACUGUGAGGGGCUAGCCCUUCCCUACUACCCCCACCUGUCGGUACAGCGCUGUCUGUAUGCUGUCCUCCUGGAUCUGCUGCCCAACAACAGACCACAACUUAACUGGACACCCAAGCCUUUCAAGGGAGACUUGCAGAUCACCAUAGGCUACGUCUUCCCCACCGGGCUCCCCGUGGGUGUGGCCAAACAGCUGUUGGCACACUGCCAGUACGUGGGUCAGGAUACCAGCUCCUACCGGCACAUGUGGAAGUACGGGGUGCUCCAGAGGGUCGGGGAGGCCAUAGUCUGCGCGGAACACGACAACUCCCAGUUCAACAUCAGCUGCCGGGUGAACGCCGACGAGCCUGGCCAGGAGGACUCGGCCGUGCAGCUGCUGUGGGUGUCGUUGUCGCCGUUCCUGCUGUCUCUGAACAAGUUCCUCAACUUCUGGCCCGGGCUUUUCUACAAGAUGGUCAUCCUUCCUCUGGGCCACCAGUUCUACCACGAGGAGAAGGUGGAGAGUGAGCCGAUGGUGUCCCUGCUGAAGUGCUUGUCCUACUGGCUGGCCGACAAGAAAUACAGCUUCAAGGAUGGGGAGGUGGAGAGAGAGAUCGACCUGCAGCUGCUCUUCCCCUUCAGAGACUGCCCAACUCUGCAUUGUGUCGAGGACUGGUUGAUGUUUGUGUUAAACAAGAAGCAUCUUGUGUUCCCCUCUGAGGAGAGCAACACAAUCAUGGAGCCCACCACAGACACGAAGACGGCCCUGAAGAUUAACCCAUUGCUUCUCCUCAGCAAGGGAUCAAUGAAGCUCAAGAGCAAGAAGAAAAAGAGUGUAGAGGUGAAGUGGAAGUUAGAACCAGUAGGAGACAAAACACCUCCACCUCCACCCACGGCAGGAACUCCAUCAACCAACGCUACACCAAAGCCUGACCCUAACCAGAAAACAGAGGUCAAAGAGGAGACAACUCCAGCUACACAAAACACCAUCACUGGAGGGGGUAAAGGGGAGGAGAGUAUUCCUGUUCCACAUGUGACGGACGUGUCCUUGCCGAGUGGGAAGGGUGCAGUGAAGAUUGCCUGGUCAGAGGAAGAGGAGGUGAAGGAAGCGACACGGAUAGCGUCUGGGUUCGUGGCGGCCAUCAUGGCUAGUGCUGUGGCUGAGUUCAUCUCGUCGGAGUGUGAGAGCAGCCAGAUGUACAAGGAGGUUGUGUCAGCAGCUCAGGUGGCUGCAGCCAGGGUGACGGCCGAGGCAGCACGGGCAGCACAGACAGGAGACAUCGACGGCGCUGCCAAGGCUGUGUUGCAGGCUGUGAAGGCCGUGGAGAUAGCUAUGGGCAAGUCUGGCACCUCAAGUGGACAGGGCCCUAUCAGAAGCAGACUCUGUGUAAUACUCUGAAGAACAUGUGACCCUCUUGUCUUUAUACUGGUAACUGACAUGUCAGGACUGAAAAAUGUGCAAGCCAAAGGGAUGUGAUGCGGAAUAUAUUAUUCAUCUUUUCUAGUAUUUAUAUGGAUUUUAAAAAUAACUUCUCAGACAGCUUAUUGAGCAACAGACAGUGUGUUCAACUCAUCUGAUUGGCUUGGAGCCUAUCUGUUGACAGGUAUCAACCAAAAUAUAUAUCCUGAAGAAACACGUCACAACUGGUUAAAGAAACAUUAAAUGGAGAUGUGCUUCAAAGUGGAAAUAACAGUGUGAAAAGUGUGAUACAUACAUUUCUAGAAAACAACCUUGGUGGAUGCCCCUUGUAAACAAAUUUGGUGGAUUCAGAAUAGUACUGUGAAGAGAGCGUCAUGUCAUGAGUACAACCUUACUCCACUACGUACUAGCUAAUACUGGAUUCUGCUGCCA